UGAGGCUACUUAAGCUACCCUCCUUGGCUUUAGUUUUGUCCGGAAAUGCUGUGUUGUCUCUCUACCGGACAUUGACGGCGGUGAUGCUAGCGCGAUGGCAAAUUGCAGCAUCAACUUUCAAGAGGAUUCAUCUCGUCCCGCUCCCACUACAGCAUCUGGACAGGAGCCCAGUAUCCGGUAACCACCUCUCUGUAACAGUCUGAAGUGAGCAGAUAGCUAAAGCAACAGACCCGCGCCGGCUAGAGAUUGAAGAGCCAGAAAACAGCAGCUUUUCCUGUCUCUUCUCGGUGAACCUUUUGUGCCUUGACGCAGCUUGUGAAUCCGUGGCCGCACCGCAGAGAAGUGAAGUUGAGCAUCCUGCAGUCAUUCACAACCGGAGGACGCCGCCACCUACAACCAGAUCUUCAAGUUGGGAAGACGGAUGAAUCAUACAUUCAACUGAGCCAGCUGAGCAUCGGUUUGUGUGGCAGCAAGACUGCCUGAGUGGUUCAUUAUGGGAUACUAUAAGUCAGCAUGGCCGUGGACUUCCUCCACAGCACUUGAUUUGUCACGGCUGCAUUAUGCGAUGGAACCAUUCUACAUUUGAUGACAUUCUGGUUUCAAGAAAUAAAGUUUAAGGAAGUAAAAAUUAUGAAGCCUGACAGUCGAGUAAGGUGGAUUAUUUGAUAGAAUUCUCUCACAUCAGACCCAUUACACAGUUAAUGUAGCCUUGCUAAGGCAGACUCAUCCUACGUGUCUACCCAAGGCUGUCCUUCCAUUUUAUGGAGGCCUUGCAUAAUCGCCUAACGACUGGGGAGCAGUCCGGAGGUAACGAACAUUGCCAACCAGAGUCUCCUCAGCGGGGCCCUAACCCCAAGUCUCCCUCCAAGCCACGUCAGCAACUACAAACUGAUUCUCCAAAGUCCCAUGGCACACAGCAACCCAAACCAUCAAGAAGGCAGAACCCUGAGCGCAAACGUCUCAGACACCAGCGGCAGAGCACUGACUCAGAUACAGCACCAGAACACAAACAUGAGGCAACUGCAGCAACAAAAGCUCCUACGGUUUCUAGUUUGUCACAAGGUGCCUCACCUUCCACAGCAGGCGGCCAUACUCAAUCUAAACCUGAAACCCAGGAGGGUACCCCAAAACAGAAACGUGAGCGUAAGCCUCAGAGACCAGGCAAAUAUGUUUGUACAUACUGUGGCCGUGCAUGCGCAAAGCCUAGUGUCCUACAGAAACAUAUUCGCUCCCACACAGGUGAAAGACCCUAUCCCUGUGCUCCAUGUGGCUUCUCUUUUAAGACCAAGAGUAACCUGUACAAACACCGCAAAUCACAUACCCACAGGGUGAAGGCAGGUCUUGCACUGGGGGAGCCAAAAUCUGUAGAAGAACAAGUCACUGAGUCAGAGGAUGAAACAAGACAACUACCAUCACCUUCCUCCCUUUCAGAAAGACAAGGCAGUGUAUCCUCACUGAAAAGUCACGAAACAGAAAGGACCGGAGAUGCCACUGAAGGCAGCAAUGACUCUCAUGCAGUGAAAAAGAGGCUGGCCCUGCGUCUCAGCAGAGGAAAACAUGCUCCUCAAGACUCAUCUGAUGAAAAGACCACAUCUCUAACAUUAAGUAGUAGAGGCAGUACAGAAUCCGGGUACUUCUCUCGCUCUGAAAGUACUGAGCAAUCACAGGACUGCCCACCAAACACAAGUGCCAAAAGCUAUGCAGAAAUCAUCCUUGGUAAAUAUGGGCGUUUUGGACAUCUUCAGAGGAUGUCUCGUCAUCAUAACCAGCAUCCCUCUGGUCAGGAGGACAAAAGCAUCUCUUUCACCGUGCCCAAGAAACAUGUCAUUGACCAUAUCACCAAACUCAUCACUAUCAAUGAGGCAGUGGUGGACACCAGUAAAAUUGACAGCGUAAAGCCAAGGAGAUUUUCACUCUCCAGAAAGAAUAGUUCUGAGUCUCAGAAGAGUUCAAGUGCAAAAGAGCCACUUAUUCAUAGCCCGAAAGCCGGAGAUCUGGGGUAUAAAAACAGUGGCUCUAUCACCAUGGGAGUUCCAUGUGAAAAAUUUCAUCAUCCAUCCCUAAAUGUGGAGCAGCCAGCUGGCCAAACAUCCACCGCCCCUCUGGUGAGAAGCCACUCAAUGCCAUCUGCAGCAAGUUCAUUCGAUGCCUCCAGUGGUGGCCUCAACAAAUUCCGCCUUAGUCAGUCCUUUGAUGAACGGCAGCCUUCUGAAACACAAGCGUCCCGUCGUUACGGGAUGCUAAGACGGCAGCGGGCUUUUGAAAUCCCAAUUGGUGCUGAACUUACAAAAGAGGAACAUGAGGGUUCUCAUUCAUUUUACUCUGACAGCAUAACCAAUGUGCCUGACCAUAAGCAAAGUCAACCACAACCAUAUGAGUGUGAGGCCUGUGGCACUGGAUGCAAAGAUUGGGAAGGUUAUAAGAAACAUAAGCAAAGCCUGUGCCUCGCACAUCAUCCCAGAAAUGAAGCUGUAAUUAGUCAAAUGGAGUGCUCACAGCUAAUUAACCAUGCAGUCAGAGCAGGAGCUUCAACGAUGCGCAAGAGAAGGAAAGAGGAGAGUUUUGAAUUUGAUGACCCUUCUUCUCCUUCAUUACCCUCUCCUACUGUCUUGUCAGGACAGUGUAAAGAUGAGAACAGUGUAGCUUAUGAGAGCCCCAGAAGGCCUGCACUUCAAACUUGUUCUGUAAUUCAGCAUACUAGUUCAUUUGAAAAACAAGAAUCUCUAUGCAAUGAGAAUCAAGGCACUGAGGCAACAAAGACCUCUCCACCUCAUGAAGAAUAUCAGCGGGUGCCUCCAAAACAAAUCCCACAACAGUCAACAAAACUAACAGUUCGGAAGCUGGUCCGGCAGCACAGUGUGCAGGUUCCAGAAAUACUGGUAACAGAGGAUUCCAACAUGAGUACAGAGACCUCAGUAGAGCCACCCUCCACAGCAAAGCAUUCAGAGAAACCUGAUGAAUUUCAGUGGCCAGAGAGAAGCCCGUCUCUAGCGCAGCUCCCUAUCGAAAAGCUUCCGCCAAAGAAGAAACGCUUACGUCUAGCUGAGGCUGCCCAAUCUUCAGGGGAAUCCAGUUUUGACUCUAUAUCCUUGCCCCGCAGCCCUAGUCAGGACAGUAAUGCAUCAUAUGCAUCCAGUCGUUCCACAUCCUUUGAAGAGCCUAACAGACCAGACAUGGACAUAGCAACAUCAACACCCCUGAGGAGAUCAAGAGCUCCUCACAUGUUGACAGUCCCUGGGGUCCAUCAUCACAGGGAGAUGAGGCGCUCAGCAUCUGAGCAGGCUCCUCAUGACCCACAACCAAGUGUCCUAAUGUCUGAGACCCGCAGUAAGUCUUUUGACUACAGUUGUCUGUCUCCUGAGCGCUCAGCAGUUGGUUGGAGGGAAAGAAGAAAAUGUCUUCUAAUGAGACACACUGCUAUCAGAGAUCCCGAUGAGGAGGAGGAGAAGCAGUGUAGCUUUCCAGAACAUAGUCCUGAACUUGUCGGCCCUAGCAAAUCCUCUCAGGCAGACUCAAGUUCUGUAACCUGCAGUAGGUCUUCUUCUCCUCCAAUAUCAGGAGAAACAGUCUUAAGUAAUCCAGUAGAAUCACAAAGCAAAGAGAUCUUCUCUCAAUGGAAACUUAGUCAAAAUAUUCAAUUAAUGGGAAGCACAGAAUUGUCACUUACUCAUGACCCAUCUUUAGCUGUCAAAGAGGAGGCCACACAUAUCCAUACAGAAGUGCCCCCUCCUCAAGCACCACAGCCCUGUCUCAAACCUCGACCAUCAGGGGCUGCCAGAGCCCGCUAUCUCCCCAUGUCUACAGGACUGAAGCUUGAGAUUCCCGUACAAAAUGAAGACUAUUCAGAGCCUCGAGUAAGCCACUCCUACACCCAGCGGUCUGUCCCUAACAUUACUUCCAGUCUGGAAAUACUGAGGCCUGUCAUAUCUCCAGCAGUAGCGGUUCGUCUCCAAACAGACACCCUCACCCCAGCAUGUGCCAUAUACACAACAUUGUCUCAGUCCACCUCUCCCAGGCCACAGGAGGCAGUUGACGCUGUCUCACAUAAUAUAGGUAACCCAAUGACUGAAUAUAAAAACCACAGAGACAUGAGUCCAGAUUUUCAACUGUGGUCUGAUGAUGGCCUGAGGUUAUCAGGCCCAGGGGGCAACAAGCGUAUGCUUUCCCCUUCAAACAGUAUAGAGCUCCCCCCUGAGUCACAACAGCAGCAGAAAAGAGUAAAAGAAGAAGAGGAGAGGGAGGUGGGAGGAACUGACAAGGAAAAGGUUGAUGCAUUCAAUCAGGAACGUAACCCAGAGAACCAGUCGUGUUUACCAGGUGUCUGUUCCCCCAUCUCAAAUGUUGGACCUUCAUUCCCCAGUCUGCUGUCCAGCACCUGUAAUAGCUGGUGCUAUUUGAACUACAUUAAACCAAACCCUUCUGCUCUGGAUGAACAGAAGCCCUCAGUGUAUUCAUCAUGGUCUACUAGUGGCUAUGACCCCAACCCACCUGGCCUCUCCAGCAAGACGGCACUCUCUCUGCUGCACUGUAAACAGAGGCUCAGUCCCUCCAUCUACACUAUAUCUCCCAUGUCAGUCCAGACAGCCGAGUCAAUGGAGCAAGAGGACAACAAAAGACCCUGCUCCACGGAGGUCUACAACAGCCAGUCGUACAACAGAGACCACAAGGGAACGGGGGAAGGACGGCAGCCGACAGGUGACAACAGCUCAAACCGAAAAGAGGAGAUGGAGGAAGAGAAGACGCAGGAGAAGGAAGUCCAGUCAUGCUCCACAAACAAACAACCUCCUGACAUAUGGAUCUCUGAGAGAGGGUCAAAUAGGAAGUAUGGCGUUGUGUCAGGUGGAGGUGGAGGGAAGUGCCAGUGUGAGUACUCUGGAUUUCACUGCAAGAAUAUCAGUAUGCCCUCCACAGAAUCGUCACCAUGUAACUGUAAUUGCUGUAACAAAGCUGAAGGAGGCUUCACUGAACACCUGAGAUCUGAGUCACACCAAAAAGAAACCUGCUGUUACCCAGAGGACACACAUAAAGUCUGCGAAGACCAAUCAGUCGGCCCAGAUCAACCAAAAGAUCUUCAGUGCUCUGAUCGGGAGAACAAUGGAAAUCAUGAGGAUGACAAUGCAAAAGACAAGGAAAGACAUGGGGUAGACAACAAGUCCACAGUGGCUGAAAGCUCUCCUACUGAUGGUGAGAACGCUCCUCCAGGCAGCCAGCUGAUGGAGCCUGAACGCAGCCCAACCCUCUCAACCAGCCCCAAGGACUCAGCCCAGAAGAGCUCAGCCAGUGCCCGGAGGGCCCUGUUCGCCCGCCGACGCCUCGACGCUUCGGCAUCGGCGUCCUCUGGAGGCUUCCAUUCUCCUGCUCGAAGCCCGUCGCCCAGCUCUCAUCAGUCCAUGGCUCCUUCUUCCUCUUCAUCCCUCUCUCCAUCAUCCAGUUGUCAUGUCUCCCCUGCCCCACAGAGACCAGUCUCUCCAACCAGAGGCCUCUCCCCUGUAGUGGUCCAGUCCCAAGGGUCUGACUCAUGUGGGCCUCUGGGCUCUCUGACAGAUAUUCCCGCUCCAUGUCUUCCUCCAAAGGACCAACCAUCCACAGUAAGACAGCCUGUGGGUGAGGUCGGCCUGUCCCACUUUGCCCCGCAUCCCACCCGGCAGAGCGGAACCCACCACGUCCUGAGCCACCUCCCUCUGCACUCGCAGCAGCCCAGCAGAGCCCCGAGCCUCCUGAUUCCGAUCGGGGGGAUCCACAUGAUCCAGCCCCGGUCCUUCCUCCCCCUCUACAGUCUGUUGUGCAGCCCCCCGGCCAACCCCACGGGGACGGGGACGCCCAGGAGGCUGGCCGACGCUCCCAAGGCGAGGCUGUCCCUGCUGCAGCGACAGGACACCCUCAAAGAGUCGCCGGACCCCGAGGCGCCGGGACAAGCGUCCGCAGGCUAUUUGCUGCACAGAAAGAGACAAGGGUGCUUCAGCAUCCAGCAGCCGUCCAGUCUAGACAAAGAGAUGAGACACGGGGAGGAGAGCGCAGACGCACCUGUUACACCUGUUUACCCUGAAACCACCCAAGGCCAGAGAGACACGCCCUCCUCCCAGACUCAGCUCUGAUAGGAGGCAAAGACACCGCAGACCAGCGCGUAUGUAAAAGAAACAAAAAAACAAAAAAAACUUCCACCACACUCUGGUUCAGAGUCCGACGAGUAAAGGCAAGAGCACUUGAGCACCGCUUCUGAAUGACGCUGUUAUGUAAUUAUAUGAAUAAUAUAAAUAUAUCUAUAGACACUAUGUUAGAUAUGCAGUAUGUUUUGUAAAUCUUUUUUACCCUCUUGUUCGAUGUCAUCUGUGUUUAUUUAUUUAUGUGCUAUUAUGCAAAUUCUGUACUAUAUGCAAAAGCAGCUGGAAUGAAAAUAGACAAAGUUUGAAUCAGUUUCCGUAUUAACCCCUUCCCCACCUCCACCCUCCCGUUGACAGCUCUAAUAUACUAUUGCUGUGUUAAUGUACUGUAUUACCAAAAUGGAUAUAGAAAGGUACCACAAAUAUUUAUUCACCCCGACCAGUAUUUUGAAGUGCAAUUUUAUGUCGAGCUCGUGGUUUGAAAUGUCAUUCUUAAAGGCUGUGAUGGUUCUUAUUAUGAUUCUUAUGAUUUGUCCGACUUUUGUUGUCAUCGUCUUACGAUCAGCUCCUUUUCUAAGACCUUUAGGAAAGUCAAGUUUCCGAUCAAGACCAUUUGGAGUGCACUGAUUUUAUAUCCAGUGGAAGCCUGUUUCACAUACAUGGUAGCUACACGGUACAAUUUUGUUUCUGUUGUUGUUGUUUUUUCACAAACAGAUACAUGUAUUUUUGUGUUGCUGCUUUUCUAAAUGAUAAUCGCUCUCUUGUCAUUUUCAUGUCAACCAUUAAACAUUCUCAUUUUUACAGAUUUAUAUUAAAA